CUGAAUUUCGGGAAUGUGGGGAAGCAUUUGAGCCGCACGUCACCAGUUCCCCCAGAGAGAAGAACUCAGGUUUUCAGCGCUGAAGAACCGGUACAUACAGCAGCUGCACACCAGGGGGCGCGCAGGAUCACACUAUCAGGCUCCGCUGGAUCCGCGCCGCAGAUGCGGGACCCGGCCGACGCGAUGCUCUCUCAGACCGGGGCUGCCUGACCUCCAGAGCCACUUUUGUUCGACAGCACCCAGGCUGGGAGUAUAUGAGUGGCAUCUCUGGCGGUGAGGCUCUCAGUCGACAUGGUGACAGGAGAGAAACUGGCCAGCGGCUCCUCAGAUGGGCUGCUGAACGUGGGACACCCCACCCGGCAGACGGACGUGGAGCAGCACCUAUCCGUGUGCAGUAAAAUAUGCUUCGCGAUUGGUGGAGCCCCCAGUCAGAUCGCAGGGAGUGCCACAGCCUUCUUCCUGCAGAUAUACCUGCUCAAUGUUGCACAGAUCAGCCCGUUCCAGGCCUCUGUGGUGCUGUUCGUGGGGAAGGCCUGGGGGGCUGUCACUGACCCGCUGGUGGGAUUCUUCAUCACCAAGAGCCCCUGGACCCGCAUUGGCCGCCUCAUGCCCUGGAUGGUGGGCUGUGCUCCAUUCGUGGUGGUCUCAUAUUUCUACCUCUGGUUUGUUCCGCCCUUCAGUGGGAAGUUCAUCUGGUACCUGAGCUUCUACUGCCUGUACCAAACACUCAUCACGUGUUCCCAUGUGCCGUACUCCGCCCUCACCAUGUUCCUCAGUUCCGACCAGCGAGAGAGAGACUCUGCCACGGCCUACAGGAUGACGAUGGAGGUUUUGGGGACGCUUGUGGGGGCAGCGGUCCAGGGGCAGAUUGUGGCCAGCGCCCACACCAUGAAGCACUGCUCCGCCCUCAACCUGUCAGCCCCGCCCCCAGAAAACUCUAGCUCCGCCCACAUCACACUCGUCCCUGACUAUCUGUCCCACGCGAAGGAGGUGUAUAUGAUUGCAGCAGGAGUGAUUGGAGGGAUGUUCUUGCUCUGCACGCUGGUGAUGUUUCUGGGGGUCAGAGAGAAAGAUGACCCCUACGCGCCCUGCUCAGGGAAACCCGUCCCGUUCCACAGGGGCUUCCUGCUGGUGAUGCGGCACUGGCCCUACCUCACCCUCACUGGCGCCUUCCUGUUCAUCAGUGUGGCCGUCCAGCUGGUGCAGAGUAACUUUGUGCUCUUUUGUACAUACGCGGUUGAUCUUCGCGAUCACUUCCAGUAUAUCGUGCUGACAAUACUGAUGUCGGCGGCGGCGAGCAUUCCGCUGUGGCAGCGGUUUCUGGCGCGCUUCGGAAAGAAGACGGCGGCGUACUGCGGGAUCACGUGGAUGAUGCCCUUCACCAUCCUGCUAGUCUGCAUCCCAAACCUCACCAUGGCGUAUGUGGUUGCCGUGGCGUCCGGACUGAGUGUGGCAGCGUCGUUACUGUUGCCAUGGUCGAUGCUCCCAGAUGUGGUGGAUGAUUUCCGGCUGGCGAACCCGGACUCCAGGGGACAUGAGGCCAUUUUCUACUCCUUCUACAUCUUCUUCACCAAGUUUGCCUCGGGGAUUUCACUGGGCGUCUCUACACUCUGUCUGCAGUUUGCGGGGUACGACACUGGGGCGUGUCAACAGCCCCGCCCCGUGGUCUACACCCUCAACCUGCUGAUUGGUGCAGCCCCUGUAGCCUUCAUCCUCACUGGCUUGACCAUCCUCCUGCUCUACCCAAUCACAGAGCAGGUCCGGCAGAAGAACAAGCUCGCUCUGGACCAACUCAGGAAACAGGGUUGCAGCACAGGAAGUGAAACAGACGGCCUGGGGGGCAAUGUGUGAACCCCCCCCCCCCCCCCCCCCGCUGACAUUCCCAGCUACUUGGGAAAAUGAUCUGUUGGUGUAUAUUACACUGGGAAAAUCUGAUUUGUAUGUUCUAAUAUGAACUUUGACUUGAACCUGUAAUGUAUCACAAUCAUAUAAAUAUAUAUUCUUUAUUUAUAUAAAUUAAUGUUUAAUUACCAUUUCACUAUUUGUUUUCCUUCCAGUUAACUGGAUCAUGAGAGUAUUGAUUAAAGGCACUUUGACUACA